AGAAGUCUAGAGCCGGGAAAGGGGUGGAAUUCAGGGUUGUUUGGGGACCUGAUGGGUAGUUAGUGGUGUUUGUGUCGCAGAGGAAGCCCCGAUCAGAUGAAAGGAAGGAGACUUUCCACCGGCGGUUUCUUGGAUCAAGUGAUCUGUGGUGGGGAAUAUGUGUGUUAAGUGAGGAACCGGGAAUCAAGAAGACGGAGGGUUGUAGGGUUGAAUUGAAAUCCUUCUGCUCCGAAUCAGUGACCAAUCAAAGCAGUCAACUGGCUUCUCUCCAAGGUAAUGAGCAAUAAGUCCUAAUAGAUUUUAUAUGCCCAAAAUUGUACUUGGACAGUGCCAGAAUAAGGGGGAUAUAUUGCUUUGGUAUAUGGGCAUCAGGCUGUCUCAUUCAGGGGCCUAAAAUUAGUUAAAAGAAGUGUCAUGGAAGCACAUGUUCGAACAUGUCUACACAAUUACUUGUCUUUCCCUUAAGAUGGCCAAAUGCAACUAAGGAAAUAAGAUACAAUUCUACUUUUUAAGGUAACUGGUGGUCCUUUGGAUGUUUCUGAAGUACAGCCUCCAAACUUCCUCACCUUUAGGCUUGCUGACUAGAAGUUGCAGCUAGAAGCAUCCAGAGGAGCAUGGCUCUCUCCUUCCUGUCUGCCUUUUAGAUAACUCUUGUUUGCAUUGUAGUUAUUGUGCAGCCUGUAGGAAUGUUUCUGGAUGUGCUUUUCUCAUAUUAGCAGUUGAGCUAGCUGAACUAGCACUUUGAUAUGAAUUGGUUACUGUGUUUAGAAAUGCAUAGCCAAAAAGAAUUCAUUCUUUGUUGGGCUAAAUUUCAUUUUGAAACAUGACAGUAGAAUAUCACAAGAUAAUAAACUGACCGCAUAUUCUAGGAUGAGAUAGAGUUAUACUUCAGUAGAAAAAAAUUGUGCUACUUUUAAAGAGCUGUAGCUCAUUGCCAGGAUAUAAAUGGUUUUGUUUGGAAUUGUAUGCUUACAUCUUCUUUAGGGAGAAAUUUGUCAUAUUUUGCAGCAUUCGGGUCUUUUUUUGAAGAGAUAAACUUCCUGAAGUUCAUAAAACAUGCUAAACCAUUAUGUAGUUUCUUUAGUUUUAUUUUAAUAAAUCAUUGUUGAGCAAAUCACGGCUGAAUGAUAUCUGAACAUAGUGUAUGAUGUAUGUGUAUAAUGGCUGAACAGUGUAAAACUAGAUGAUGUUUCCUUCUUACAAGCUAAUCAGUCUGAUUUUGAAUUACUAUCUAAUACACGCAUCCUGGUAAACAGUUUCAGUUCCAGUGAAAGCAAUAUCUGGGUCAAGGGCUGUUUUCCUCCCUCUUUCCUGAAUGAUGUCAUGGUGAGGGUAAAUGCUUGGUUUCCAUUCACAGAUGUCAUAUAGCUGUUAAGGAAGAAUUGCUUCUUGAGUGUCUGGAGUAUCUUGAAGUGAUGCCUCCUUGAUUGCCGCUGUUGAAGGCAUUCCCCAUUGAGAGUGUAUUGAAGCACUAUUUAUCAGAGCUAGUGUUAUUAUUAUUUCGCAUCACAAACAUACUGUGACAUGACUGCUUGCAUAUGUUCACCCACAGAUGUCAAACUCGAUAGGUUAUGUGACUUUUCCGCCUGCCGGGGGGGGGGCACCAGUUUGACACCCCUGUGCUAGCCACUUAGAUGUGCUUGCUCCAACGAUGAUUUGAUUUUCCUAUGCUUUUUCUUUUGGAGAAACACCUGGAAUACAUCUGGAAUCUGUGCCACAUGUGAGAGUUCUUUCAAAGAUCCAUUCUGAGUUAGCUUUCCAAAUGGGAAAAUACAGGAACAAGAAAUAUAAUUUUCUCUUUAGAGGGUUGGAAAGAGGUAGUGCUUAGAGAUGGGAUAAAAACUUGUUCCUGGAAGCCUCUCUAAAUAAGUAUAGGACCGGUUGAGGAUCAAGAGAAAAAGCCAUAGUUAAGAUAUUGAUCAGAUAAAAAAUCUGAGUCGGAGCAGAUGUAAAUUUGAAAAAGAGUGUCCAUUGUUGUCAUUAAGAUAAAGGGAUGGAAUGAAGUGCUUUCAGAUUUUCAAGAUUAUGUUAUUAUAGUCUUACAACAAAAUUAGUAUGAGCUUGUACGUCUUUGAUUUCCACAUUUGAUCUAUUUUAGAGAACUGACACUAUCUCAUAGUUCUCAGACUAAAGAUUAUAGGCUUUAUAAACAGCUAUAGAAUGGUGGAGAAAAUAAAUGUAUUAUUUACAGGUUAAAUGUAAGAGAAUUCUAUGAUAUUCCAUGCUGUUUCUAUGAUGAAUUAGUUUGUAUAAAUUAAAUGCCUAAGUAAUGCUUUCUUUGGUUCAAUUUCAAAAGAUGGAAGCCUUUAACAAUUGUACUGGACCAGGUGGAGAUUUGGAACAGCAAAACUGCAAAAGUGAACAUUUCUUCUAUUUUGCCUAUGGUAGUAACUUGUUGCGGGAAAGAAUAAUGUUAAGAAACCCUUCUGUGGUUUUUCUUACCAUAGCACAACUACUGGAUUAUAAACUUGCUUUUGGUUCUCAUCAAGGGAGACUAAGUCAUCAGUGGAAAGGAGGUACAGCUACUAUUGUCUAUAGCCCUGGUGAAGAAGUAUGGGGGAUAAUAUGGAAAAUGAAUACUAGUGAUUUAUGUUCUCUGGAUAGACAAGAAGGAGUAGAAAAUGGCAUUUAUAUUCCAAUUGAAGUAACAGUUCGGACUCAGGAUGGGAAAAUAGUUAAAUGUCGUAGUUAUCAGAUGAAUGACUAUGUCCACGAUCUUCCUUCUCCACAAUAUCAGAGGGUCAUCUGUUUGGGUGCAAAACAGAAUGAAUUGCCAAUGGAUUAUCAAAAGAAAUUAAAUUCUAUAGAGACUAACAACUAUGCAGGACCUGUACCAGUGUUUGAAGAAAUUAAAGCUGCUCUCAGUGUGUCAGGGAAACAAAAUAAUGAAGAUCAAUUUUAGCAUAACUUGCUUUUACUGUCUUGGAAUCUUGUGUGUCUAUUUCUCUUGUAUUAUAAUAGCCUAGAUAUAUUUAAUGUCAAAAUGACCAGGGGAUACCAUAUAUACCAUAAGGUGUAAUAUGAUCCUUGAUUAUUCACUAAUAUAAAAUUCAUUGUUUUCCUUUAAGCUUUUCUGUUUCUGUAUUCUCUGCAAUAUUCUCUGAGAUUGGGAAUGGUUUCCAAAUUUUGCUUUAAUUUGCAAGUUUCUGUACCGGUUGAAUCCAGCUGCUAAAAGGUUAUUACAGGCAAUCUUGGAUAUUACAGGUAGCCCUUGUUUAACAAUUGCUAGUUGAACAACCAUUCAAAGUUACAACAGCACUGAACAAAUGCUAGUUAUGACGUUGCAGCAUUCCUAUAAUCAUGUGAUUAAAAUUUGAGCAUUAGGCAGCCCAUCCACCUUUAUGACUACAGCAUGAGCUUCAACUCACUCCACUUGUCUAUCUCCCAUUGUAAAGCUCAGCUGUCAAAUGAUGUUUCAUUUACUUAGCAAUGGAAAUGCCAUCCCAGUCUUAAGAAUCCAAUUAGGGUGGUUAAGCAGGGACUAAAUAUAUGUUAACUUUGCUAUGAUGGACCGUUAUUAUCCCAGCCUCCAGUAAUCAAUCUUUUUAAACAGUUGAUUUAAUCACAACUUAUUUUUCUGUAUUAAAUAUAUAUUACUGAA